CAUCCGGGUUCUUACUCGCAAUGUCACGGUUUGGUUUCGCUCGCACGAUAGCUCAUCUCGAGCAGUGCAAACUGGUCUUGAGACACGACGUAAAGUCGUUGGUAGUAAGACUUCAGAGUCAUGGCCAAGAAAACACGGGAACGAGGCUGUUUAUAGCUGAGAACGUGCCACAGCUACGAUACAGAAACCCAAACAUUUCGAUUUCUCUAGAAAGGAAAUUCGUCAACGAGUCAGAAGUUGUAGUCAAUCUAGUCGAUGGUAGAAAGGAUGUCUUGAAGACUGCAAACCUGAUGAACGACGAGAUCAUGGCUAAACUGGACUUGCAAUAUUCUAUGAAUUCGGAUGAAUUAAAGGACGAACAAUAGCGUUUAGUUAAGAGAUUUUGUAAAUAGAACUUGUAAGUGUAAAAUCAAAAUCAAAAUUAAA